CGCAAGCCACGUCGGCUCCAUCGUUUGGUCAGCCGAGUGAUAUUAACGCGGGGAUGGCAUCUGGACUGGGCCGGACUCGGGCGUGGACGAGUUACAUGCUUGCGGAGUGGCUUUAUAUAAACCCGGCUUGAUGUUUAUCAGAGCCAUUCAUAUUCUACAGAAAGCCGAAAAUACUCAGUUCUGCUUCACAAUUACUACUCCUCGUCCCGAAUCAUCACUUGCAACUCCAUUCAACACAAGACCAUGUCUGCAGGAAACCGCAUCCUCGGGGUUGGUGUCAUCGGCUGCGGAGAAGUAGCGCAAGUUAUACACAUCCCCACGCUAGGCUUCCUAUCAGACCGUUUCCGAGUCACCUAUCUCUGCGACGUGUCAGAUAAUGCCCUGGAGCACGCCAAGAGCAAGGUCGUCGGCGGCGUUGCCAAGACCACGAGGGAUCCCAAGGAGCUUUGCGCAUCGCCCGACGUCGACGUGGUGUUCGUCGUCAACAGCACCGAAUACCACGCCGAUCACGCUAUUCUCGCCCUGCAAAGCAACAAGUACGUCUUGCUUGAAAAGCCGGCGGCUUUCAAUGUCCGUGACCUGCAGAGGAUCAAGGCGGCCGAGAAGUCCUCGCAGGGAAAAGUAAUGGUGGGAUACAUGCGGAGAUACGCUGCAGCCUUCCAAACCGCCAUCAAGGAAAUCGGAGGGAUUGACAAGAUUCUAUACGCCCGUGUAAGAGACAUCAUUGGACCCAAUUCGGCUUUUGUCUCUCAAUCAGGCACCUUCCCGAAGAAGUUCUCGGAUUUCCAACAGGAAGACUCCGAUGACUUGAAAGCCCGCAACACGGAGAGUGUUGGGAUCGGCCUCACUGAGUGUGGUGCGGAGACUUCCGAAGGGAACCGGAUUUUCUGGCAGUUCCUUGGAAGCCUAGCCUCUCACGAUCUCUCUGCAAUGCGAGAGGUUUUGGGCAUGCCGGAGGGGGUUUUCGGCGCAAGCGUCACAAUGCCAUUCUGGAACGUCCUCUUCAAAUACCCUGGUUUCAACGUCAGCUACGAAUCUGGCAUUGACAACGUCCCUAGAUUCGAUGCGCAUAUCACAGUCUACGGAAGCGAAAAGACAGUUCGGAUUCAGUACGACACACCAUAUGUCAAAGGGUUGCCGAUUACAGUCCACGUUUCGGAGAAUGUCGACGGGGUCUUCAAGGAAACCACUGUGCGGACCACGUAUGAGGACGCCUACACUCAGGAGAUGAGGGAGUUGUACGACUUGGUGACGUUGAACAAGCCUGUCAAGACUACGAUCGAGGAUUCUGAGGACGAUUUCAAGAUCUUCAACAUGAUUAUGAAAGCACUCUAGAUGUUGUAAUAGGCGUUGUAAGUGGGAUUGAAUAAUGAUAUAUUUAAUCCCGGUCACUUGGGGAUUUGAGCGAACUCUUUGUCCCUGUAGUAGAUCUUGACUUCCAGUAUUCUCUUUUCACACCGUCCAACGUGUGAAUCCAAGCAGCCGAUGUCAAUAUAUAAGUUCAUGGCUGUAAAUGCGUAUUGCUCCUGAUCGAAUUCCCGCACAUGA